CAACAUGUGCCACGUGAAGGCGUUUUCUGCCCUAGGACCGGCUAAGCCGGGAACCAACAUGCGAAGUAUUUGGCUUUUGCUGUGUUGUCUCACAUGCAGUGCCUUCCGCCCCUCCGUCAAGCUCAGGCCUGCGACCGGAAGUCUUUUGGAGCGGCACCGUCUUCUGCUGGCGAAGAUCAGGCUUGCGGCUGAUCCGGAGGAGACACCAUACGCAGACGAGACCAUGAAGCUGAUCCACAAUUUGCAGCAGGCGCCGUCGACCCUCAGGGCCGAGGAGCCGGAUGCGACAUCACCAGUGCCCGCUCCGCCGAGACACGCGCCGCAAACGGACUUGGCGCAGCAGCGCAUCAAUCAGACCAUCGAGCUCUUGUACAAAGGCACCCAGGAGCGCUGCAAUGGCAACAGCAGCAACAACAGCGUGGUCCUCAAUUUCUCGAAGGACGUGUCCGAGUUGUGUCACACAGCUGUGACGGAGGACCCCAAGACGCUGAUCCAGAAAAUGUGGGGCUACUUCAAAGACAAGUCCUCCGAUGUGGCCACGUGGCUCUGCAACAUUGCCGAGGGCACUGUUGACGAGACCUGGGUCUCCAAAUACGGCGAGCGGGUGGAAUGCGACGAGGCGGCCCAGGAGACCUUAGGGGCGCUGGUGCAGUUGGAGUUCGGCACACCUUUGGAGCGGCUACAGGCGAUGGCGCGGUUCUCGCUGGCCAGUGUGAAGUUCGCCUUGGUGGUGGCGGGCCCCUUCGUGCCUGAGCCUUUCGGCUUCGUGGCGCGGACGAUGCUGAACUCGCUGCUGAGCAUGCUCACCGAGGAGGCUGAGCAGGAGUUGGACUCGCUGGAGGGGCAGAUCGAGAAGAUCAGCAGAAAGACGGCGACCCAAGUUCUGCUACGAGAGAUGUUCCGCGUGGGUUCGGCCCAUUCCCGUGCAGCAGAUGACCAGAUCAAGGACAUGUCCAUGGUCGACAGCCUUUGGAGCAGCAGCAUCUCCACCCUCGAAUCCAGCGCUGAGAGCGGCUCCGCUCAGGCCUUGUGGGAGGCGAUGCAGAAGGUGACGAGCUUCAACCGCUGGGCCAUCAUUGAGCACGACCUGGCAAUGGGCAUGGAGGUGCUGCGGCCUCCAGACACGCUGGACCUGGAAGACCGGGCGACCUUUGUGAAGUUGCUGCAGCUGCACUUCGAGAUGUACGUUUUCGUGCUGGAGCGGAUGGCAGAGGUGGUGGAGGGAUACACGAGAGGCGCCGAGCUGAAAAUGGAGCUCACGAAGAAGGCCAGGCGUUUGGGGGCGCUCGCCCUGCCGCAGCUGGCUUUGUUGAGCACCGCCGGCGAGCCCGGCAAGGAGCUGGGCCGAGUGCGGGUGAUGUUUGAGAGCCAGCUCCUGAAGAACACCACGAAGCAGCACCUGAUCAAAGGCUGCGAUCUGCUGGAUCAGGACGCCUAUGAGUUUGAAUAUUUGGUGGCCUGCGUGUGGCUGCCCUCGGUGCCUGCCGUGCCUUUGGCGGCGCCGGUGGUGCAGUCCUCCAAGUCGGUUCCGCCGCAUGACAUGGCCUUCGACUUCCUCCACGCCAUCGAGGGCAUCGAGCUGGGCGCCCAGGCUGCCCAGGCGCACAUCAACCUGCCCCAGUCCACCAUCUCCUGCGGGCCCGGGCAUUUCAUCUUGCGCGCCACCAGCGGCACUGCAGAGGUUUCGACCACCUGGAGUACUCGCAGGGAGCAACGGUUCGAUGGCCUUUGCGCGGAGACAGAGCCUUUGCUGACGCUGGUGCCAAACACCCAGUUUACCAGCGAGGGACUUUGCACCGACGUGGUGUCCCUCUUUGCGGACCACACGAUGGCAGUCGUCCUCAGCCUACAGUUCGCAGGGCCGGCGGAGAGCUACGGGAAGAUCAGCAGCUCCACCUGUCAGCUCGCCUACCGCCGCUCGGAGAGCCUCUUCCACAUCCCAGGAGCUUUAGAUGAGCUGCAAGUGAUCACCCAUUUCAUGAACGAUCACACCGUCCCCUCGAGCUUGACGGUCUAUGGUGAUUGGGCCUUUCAGCUGGAGAACAGCACAGAAGCCACCCCCUGGUACUCCGUACAGGUACUUGAGUUCCAAGGUCGACCAAGUUUUCGUUUGCGGUCCCAGUACGAGAUCAAGCCGCCGGAAGUCACCGAUGUGGUGUUGAGCAUCGCUGUGCUGAGGGGCAAUGUCAUCAUGGGACUCCAAAACGGCGACGUGGUGACGCAAUGCCACCGCCGCCUGGGCUUUCGCACGGUGCUGCCUCGUCGCUUCAGCCUGGGCUUCGCGGUCACCAGCUUGGUGGCGAGGAACGGCUACAUCUACGCUGGUGGCCGGGACCAUGACAAGGUCGUCGCCAUCCAAGUCUUAUCGGGUCGCCUCACGCCUUUGGCGCUGCAAGCGAGCGCCGGCGCCGCAAGCGAGCUGAACCGCUUGACCACCUUGGACUUGGCUCUGGCCAAAGAGUUCAUCUACGUGGCGACUAUGAACGGUAUCACUCAGCUCACCCUGGGCGGCUUUCGCGCCUCAGCGGGGCGAGGUGCAAAGCCCGGGCUUCCGAGCUUCGCCGGCGCCACGGAGGGCUUCCUCUACGCGGUGUGGCGAAACAACCUUGAGACGUCGCAUCCCCACAUCCAGCGCUUUGCCAUCUCACGGGGCGAGCUGUCCGACGAGCACAUCUUCAGUGUGAACGGCGAGAACCAGCGGGUGACUUCUGUGGGCACCGCAGUCAUGGGCAAGUUCUUCCGAGUCAAGCAGUCAGGCUUGAUGAUGCUGGAUUUGAACCGCGAGGAGUUGUUGCGGGAGUUCAGAUCGAACGCCGACCUUUGGGAGAAGAUCGGCUCUUUGGUCAAGUAUCCAGACUACUACUCGGGAGUCAAGAUCUGGCAGAAGCGUGUGUUUGCCACCUCUGGCACCAACAAGCCGCAGGCAAAGAAAGUAGAGAAGGAGGAGAGCUUAUUGAAGGCGUACCACCACAUCCACCACGACAAAGCCAUCCACGGUCACGUCGAUCUCAGUGAUGGCGCGAUGCCCUUUUAGCCAGAGCAACUGAGACUCUCACUCCCUGAAUUCCUGGGC